GAAUCAAGUCGCAAGUGAGGUGGCAUCGCUAAUCGUCAUGAGUCUGUUCGUAUCCUUCUUGUUCUGCACCUCAGGUUCUACAUUGUCCUGGAAGUUGGUAGAAAUUUGUACCGAAUGGAAUUCUUGGCGACGAUAUUCAUGGGCAACCUUAGUAUUAGACCACCUGCACAAUGGUCUAAGUAAGAAGCAGGAAGACAAAGAUGUCAAUUUGUCAGGUUGUUUGCCGCUAAUCAUGUAUUGGUUAGCUGAGAAGACAAAGAUGGGAGGAGCAAUCAAGAGAAAUGAAUUAGGGUCGCCAAAUUUCAUAAGAUGGUCACUCGUCAAGCUGCACAAAGAAAUGGAGAAACUAACCAACGAGCAGAUAGAGGAAAUGUUUGACCGAAAGCUGACGGAUGAAGACUUGGAAGUGGCAAUGAAUGACAUCAGAGGAAGAAACAGAGGAGUAGCAUCAGAUGAAGAGCUGAGGGAGGAAGACUUUGUAACUCCAACUUUUGGAGAUUGGCACCAGAAAACCACCCAAGAACGGCGAAAAGAAGAAGCAGAAAGUCAGAAGAGAAUGAAGGACUUAAUAGGCUCGUUGGAAGAAGCAACAACUCAGAUGAGUCUCUCACAAGAAGAAAACCAGAAAACUCAAGGCUUGUUGAAGAAGUUGACCGAAGAGAAUGAAAAGCUAGCAAGGCAGAAUGAUAGAUAUUGGGAGAUGUUGGACAAAGCCUUUGAGGAAGACAAUAUAGCAACAAGGAAGAUACAGAUCUUGCAGAACAAAUUGUUGAAGAAGUGGAAAGUUUUUACAACCAUUGAGAAGGAAAAAAAGAACUUGGAGGAUGUCAUUGAGCAGCAGAGACAAAUGAUACACAAUCUGGAAAAUGAAUUGCUGGAAAUGGAAAGAAAGCUACUGGAGAAAGAUAUGUUGGAUUCUCAAGAGGAUUUACGGAAAGAUGAUAUAGAAAACAGUAACAGUGAUGGUGAGGAUGGUGAGGAAGAGGGUGGAGAAGGAGCUGAUGGUGAAGAUGGUGAGGAAGGUGGAGAAGGAGCCGAUGGUGAAGAUGGUGAGGAAGAGGGUGGAGAAGGAGUUGAUGCAGAAGAUGGUGGAGAUGAUGAUGAAGACAAAGAAGAAGAACCUGAGGUGAGAACAACCAGAAAGAAGCACACAUCAAUAAGAAAAGAUAAAGAAGGCAAGUCUUCUCAGAAACAGGAAACAAAGAAACGAUCAAGGAGAAUGGAAAGGGUGAAAAAAGCUGCUGCUGAAGAAGAAGCUGCUAAUGAAGAAGCAGAACCUGAAGCGGAACCAAUUAAAAAGAUGAAGAAAGGGAAGAAGCAAUCUGUAAAGAGAAAUUCAAUGGUGGAUCGAAUCAAGAACAAAAAAAGGAAGGCUACUGAAGACAAGGAGUUCACGUACACCUCUAAAAGAACAAGGAACGGCAAGAGGCGUUAGAUGAUAAUCGGAAACAGUAGCUUUAUGCAGUGCUGACAGUAGAUUUUUUAGGCAA